AUGCCCGAUGUCGAAACAAAAUCUCCCGAAAAGGACCUAGACCGUGUUUCCCUUAGUCAAGAAAUUGCUGUCGACGCCCAAAAUGGAAUCCAAUUGCCUGUCGGCUUCGAAGCAUUGGAUCCAGCAUUCCCUGUGAUUGAACUUCUCCAGUCGAACAAUAUCAAUGCCUCGCCAACCUCCACCCCGAAGAGAACCCCUCAUUUCCAAUCACCAUUCAGCUGGUCACAUAAAAAGAAGACCACAAUUCUAUCUGGAGCUUUCAUGGCAUCCACACUUGCAUCGUACUCCUCUGGUGCAUAUGCCAUGGCAUCAGAGCCCCUGCGAAACGAAUGGAACAUCAACGACACACAAUUCAACGCUGGCAUUACCCUCUUUGUCACAGGGUUUGCUAUUACACCAAUGGUACUUGCCCCCGUAAGCGAAGUACACGGCCGGUAUUGGGUCUUUGUCGGAUCAGGUAUUGUGUUCUUUCUUGGAAGCUUGGGUUGCGCUGUGACUGAGAGCUUCGCUGGCAUGAUGGUGGCUCGUUUGAUUACAGGUAAUGGCGCCGCUGUUUUUGCAACGCUCACUGGAGGCGUUGUCAGUGACCUUUAUCGAAAAGAGGAUCGCAAUACUCCAAUGGCUUUGUACUCCCUUUCUAUCAUGAUAGGCACUGGCUUGGGACCUUUGGUCAGUGGUGCCAUCGUAGACCGUCUGGGGUGGAGGUGGAUCUUCUAUCUUCAACUCAUCACCAUCGGGACUGCAACCACGAUCAUAUUCUUCCUUUUCCAAGAAACUCGAAGCAACGUGUUACUAAGGAGACGGUGCAUCGCGCUAAACAAUAUGCAGUUCAAGACCCCAGACGGAACGCCUGUGAGCUUUUGCCCGUCAGUUGAAGAGAACCUUCACGUUGACAUCAGUAUGAUAUGGCGAAGUCUCGCAUUUCCUCUGCGUCUACUGGUUACAGAGUCGAUUCUAUUCUGGUUCUCGCUAUGGGUUUCCUUUGCAUGGGCGAUUUUGUACAUGCAGUUCAGCAGCAUUGGACUCGUCUUCCGAGGCGUGUAUGGAUUUGACAACACUCAAGUUGGAGCAGUGUAUGCGGCGAUCGUCGUUGGAUCCAUUCUGAGCAUUGUUAUGGCCGUGAUACAGGAACCCAUCACACGCUGGAUAUUCCCUCACAAAACACUGUCUUCAACACCUGAGCAGCGACUUCUAUCUCCAUGUAUACAAUCCAUUCUUUUGCCUAUUGGUCUAUUCUGGUUCUUCAUGUCUGCUAGGUCUGAUGUACAUUGGAUGUCUCCGACACUGGCAAUUGGAUCUUGUACAAUGGGUAUCUAUAGCAUCUAUCUGGCUGUGUUCAACUACCUAGCAGACACAUAUCACGGUUACGCUUCAUCGGCUCUGGCGGCUCAGAGUCUAUGUCGAAAUCUCAUCGGAGGAAUCUUUCCAUUACUUACCGCAAGGAUGAUUACCUCUCUAACAUUGAAGGGUACUGGCGGGUUGUUGGGAGGUCUUGGGCUACUUCUGACUACUAUUCCAUGGCUGCUAUACUUUUACGGUCGGGGGAUCAGAGCUCGGAGUCCUUUUGCAAAGGAAAUGGAGUAG